AGAAAGGGACGAGCGCGUUGUGAUAUUCAGUCGGUAUCGAAGCGUUCAACGCGUACCAACUUCUCCGUCGCGAAAAGAGAAUAAACGAGUAUAGAAAAUAUUCCUUCUAUUCGAGUUUACGAAGCAAAAUGUACCUGGAAUUGCUUACGUCGUCUAUGUAAGCGAAUGCAAAAGCGUCGUUCGGGUGGGUCGCUUUAACCUCCUUUUCCCGCCAUUAUUUAACGCUCACCCUUCCGUCCGUUCCGUCGUUUAUUAGUCGAGCAAGAAGUUACGAGCAAAGAUAAUACGCACGACGCGCGAUCUCGUGAAAGUAACGCGGGGAACGGUCAACGAGGAGAAGGAUGCUGUCUUAGAACGCAGGAACCCACUUAGGAUCUAAACAUAUACGUACGGAUAUACAACUCUUUACUUUCCUUAAACUUUAAAUAUUUAUAACAGAGAAGUUCGAAGAAGGUAUAAAGACAACGUAACAGAGUGGUGUUUAGAGGCAACAAUGGAGGUUCUGAUACACGAGGCCUCGGACAAGCGUGAAAUUAUCGACGGCAAUGGCAGUUCUUCCAUCUAUAUGACACAUAAUGGCACCUUAAACGGCAACAAAAUGACAACGAUGAACGAUAAACAGCAGGAGGAAGAUGAUCUAAAUGCGUCUUACGCCACGCAGAUCAACGAGGCGAACACGGUCGACAUCAUUUUUGAAAACAUCUCUUACAGCGUCUCGCUUGGAUUCCGAAAGGGUCGAAAGGAAAUUCUUCACGGAAUUAACGGUAGGCUCCAAGCGAAACAACUGAUCGCUCUAAUGGGACCCUCAGGAGCUGGAAAAUCAACGUUACUCGAUGUUCUGUCUGGUUUUCGAGAAACCGGAGUCGACGGAGUCAUUUAUGUUAACGGACGAAUCAGGCAACUCAACUCUUUCCGCAGAUGCAUAGCGUACAUAACCCAAGACAAUCGUUUGGAAUCUCUACUCACGGUGAUGGAGUCUAUGAGAAUCGCCGCCGAUCUUAAAUUGCCGAUAAAUACGCCAAAAUAUCAGAAGGAGACGAUAAUAGAGGACAUACUCACGACCUUGGGACUGUACGAACAUUUAAACACGAGAGCAGGACGAUUAAGUGGCGGACAAAAGAAAAGAUUGUCCAUCGCUUUAGAAUUGGUUAACAAUCCAACCGUGAUGUUUCUGGACGAGCCGACGACAGGAUUGGACAGUUCGUCGUGCAUGCAAGUCGUAAACCUUUUAAAACUUCUCGCCAGACAAGGAAGAACGAUAAUAUGUACGAUUCAUCAGCCUAGUGCUUCUUUAUUUCAAAUUUUUGACCAGAUCUACGUUCUUGCCCAAGGAAGCUGUCUAUUUCAAGGAUCCACCAAGAAAUUAAUUCCGUAUUUGGAAUUUAUGAAAUUACCUUGCCCGAUCUAUCAUAAUCCUGCAGAUUAUGUGAUCGAAUUGGCGUGCGGCGAAUACGGCGAGGAGCAGCUCAAGACGUUGAUAAAUGGCUCGGAUAAUGGUCGAAAGGUGCAAUGGUUUGAAAAUCCUCAGGCAUUGAAAGAUGCGAAAGCUUUAAGGGCACUGCAUCCAUUAAAGAAGCAAAAAAAAGUUGAUUCGAUUUCUGGGUCACAGGCUACGCCAUUGAGUUAUCAAAUCAGUGUUUUAUUGAAAAAAGGUUUCUUGAUAUGCAAGAGAGAUCAGACGUUGACUCAUCUUCGUAUCGUAGUCAACAUCAUGUUGGGAUUAAUGCUUGGUUUGGUAUUCAUUCAAUCGGGCGAGGAUGGUGCUAGAGUAUUGGACAAUUACAAUCUUCUCUUCGCAAUACUUAUACAUCAUAUGAUGACCACGAUGAUGCUGACUAUAGUAACAUUUCCCAUGCAGAUGGAUAUUCUGGUUAAGGAGCAUUUCAAUAGGUGGUACAGCUUGAAAUCGUUUUAUACGGCAAUUACGAUAAUAGAUGUACCGAUUUCUAUAAUCUGUUGUAUACUCUUCUCCGUUAUAAUAUACUUCAUGUCGUCUCAACCGUUGGAAGUCAGUAGAUUCUUCAUGUUUUUUACGAUUAGCUUAUUAGUUACUUUUAUCGCUCAAGGAACUGGUUUGAUGAUAGGCGCAGCAUUAAACAUAGUCAACGGUACGUUCGUGGGACCAGCUUUAUCAGUACCAUUGAUGAUGUUUGCCGGAUUUGGAGUGUCCUUGCGUGAUUUGCCAAAUUAUCUCAAAUGGGGUAGCUACGUCAGUUAUCUGAGAUAUGGAUUGGAAGGAUACGUUAGUGCCAUAUAUGGAAUGGAUCGUGCAACUUUACCUUGUAGGGGAAACAAGGAAACUACAUACUGUCAUUAUAGAUAUCCUAAUAAAUUCCUAUCGGACAUCGCUAUGAGGGGCGAUCAAUUUUGGAACGAUAUCAUUGCCUUAUCCAUAAUACUCUUGAUAACUCGUUGCUGUGCGUACUUUCUGCUCAAAUGGAAGAUCGUGUCUCUACGAUAAAGUUACGAAAAAAUGCUUCAUUUCUUUUUGUUUUUUUUAAUUCUAUAAAAAUUCAUUCGCCUUUUA